AUGGCCAUGGCUGCCUCUGUCCAGGUCAACUUUUACUCUGAUACUGGCUGCCAAAACUUUAUUGGAUCUCGCUUCAUCGACUAUGACCCGAACCAGGGCGGCACAUUCCAUAGCGGUGGUCCCUCAGGCUCUCGUGGUGGUCUGUUUGUCAACUCCAACGGAGACAACCUUGCUUGUGCGUUUCUCACCAUCUAUCUUUUCCUGCCGUAUAUUCUGACUCCCAAAUCUGCAGUCCGUGGGUUCAGCAACAACCCUGAUGGUAGCAACCCUUUCACUGGCAACGUCGUUGAUGGUGAAUGCAUUGGUACCCUCAAUGGUGUCGUUGCGGUUUUCAUUGUCUAA